CACGAUGAUCGUGUCCUGGAUCUCGCGUUCUCACCGGACGGCCGACACCUCGCGUCCGCAGGUGAAGAUGGGAAGGUCGCAAUCUGGGACAUUAGCAGCAACCCACACCAAGUCGCCUCUCUCGAGGGUCACAACAGUGACCCCCUCACAGCCGCAUUCAGUCGCUCGAGCACACGCGUCGCUGUUGGAUACAAGAAUGGGACGAUCCGCGUUUGGGACAUGGCGACUAGACGGGAGCAUUUGUCCUUGAAGGCGCACAAGGUUAGGGUCGUCGAUGUGGCCUUUUCGCCGGAUGAUCGGCUGCUGCUCUCGGCGUCGGACGACCACACGAUGGGGGUAUGGAAUGCGCGCACAGGUGCCAUGCUCCGGUCUCUCAAGGGACACGAGGACUGGGUAUACCAGGCGCACUUCUCCCCGUGUGGGAAGUACAUCGCCUCUGCAUCUUGCGACAACACAGUGCGGGUGUGGAGGACGAGCGAUGGAUCGUGCCUAACGGCACUUGACUACCACGGUGACUGGGUCCAACACGUUGCAUUCACCCCAGACGGGGCGAUGCGGUGGGUAGCGACGGCCUCCUGGGAUUCCACCAUCAUGCUCUGGAAUGCCCGAGAUGCAUGUAUCUCGCAAGAGUGGUUCGCCCAUGACAGAGAGGUCCGGGAGCUCGCAUUCUCCCCAGACAAUCGAUACAUCGCGUCCGCAGGUGGAGACCGGACGGUCGCCAUCUGGGACAUUACUCGUAGCUCACACCAAGUUGCCACCCUCGAAGGUCACCCGGACAUCGUCGAAGGCUGCGCGUGGUCCAGCGACGGCACCCGCAUUGCAUCCCGAGACGUCGACAGCAAUAUACGGCUCUGGGAUGGACGGUCAUUCCGACCGAUACCACUUGACGGCACCAACACGACAACACACAUCAAGCCUCUAUUCUCUCCCGACACCGCAUUCAGUCGCUCGAGUACACACGUCGCUGUUGGAUAUCAAAAUGGGAAGAUCCGCAUUUGGGACCUCACAACCACGCAGGACCCUCUGCUCUGGAAGGCGCACAAGGAUAGGGUCCUUGAUGUCGCCUUUUCCCCGGACGGUCAGCUGCUGCUCUCAACGUCGGACGAGAAGACGAUGAAGAUAUGGGACGCACACACUGUGACACACCCGUUUGAGGGGCACGAUCAUCGGGUGCAGAAGGCGUGCUUCUCCCCGUGUGGGAAGUAUAUCGCCUCUGCAUCUAUGAACGAGACGGUGAGGGUGUGGAGGACGAGCGAUGGUUCAUGCUUGGCGACGCUUUCCGAUCACGGUCCUUGGGUCACCCAUGUUGCGUUUACUCCGGACGGGACUAUGUUGUGGUCUGCUGCAAGAAAUGGGACUGUCUUGGGUCGUCGAUUGCAGGAUGUCAUCCCGAACAAAUUCAAAUCUUGA